AUGGACGUGAAUGUCCCACACCAUGGAUUGUCACGGAACGAUGAUCCCCAAGUCGCAGAGCAUCGUAACGUCGAUGCUGACGAACAACCUAACAAUAUUCCUUUUGAUGUAUCCGAGCUUCCGCAACAGCUGGCUGCAGGGGAUGGACAUCGUCAAGACGAAGUGCACGUUGCCUUGUACCAGCAGCAGGUCGAGGCUAAUCAAGAUUACAUGACCAAAUUCAAUACCAGCCGUCCUCGGGGAAUCACUCUUAGUAAGUUGCGCGCCAUGUACCGCAAUCGGGAUUCGUUGGGUGCAAUGGGACUAUUAUCUGGACGUCACCGACUAAUUAUUGAUGACGAUCACAUCGUUCCAAGGGAUGGACCAAAUGUGGUCCCUCGUGUGGGUCCUCAUUAUAUUGACCAUACCCUCUACGUCGGUAGUCGUCAGGGACUAGACGCUGGGUUACCUAAAAUCCUGGCAGAUCAUAACUGGCAGGUGAUCUUGGACUUGACGAAUGUACACCGCUUGUGGCCCGACAGCAAUGUCGCGGGCCUUCCUUUCAACCCAAUGGGACGUAUGGUGUAUAUUGGAACCCGCCUGCAGGAGCAACUAUGGGUCGCGUUAGUCCCAAGAACAUUCUUUGAGCCCAAUCACCCAGACAACGCAAGAGCUACUCACCCAACGCUCAAUGAACCCACUACCGCCCUAUCUCAGUCGCAUUCGUUGAUGUUCAUUAUGUUCAUUGCUUAUGCGUUGGGUCGCAUGCGUCUUCAGGACAUCCACUGCAGUACACCGUAUCCUGUCCCCCUCACUCGUGCCGCUGUGAAGCGAUCGACAGAUAUCUUGGGAAGGGAUGGGGAAAAUCACCGUCGUAUCAUCUUACGACUUGAAGAUUUCAGACGGCUUCACGAUAUGUUCGACACUGGCUGGAACGACUGGGUGGACCUAGCACCUCUGCAAUGGAAAGAGGAUAAUUUUCUUGUCAACAAUGCGCCAGUAGGGGUUACUAUUCGGUAUGGGCAAAACCAGCCCCUCAUCAACAAUAGGGCACUGGAUGUCGAGCGUCAAAAUUGGGACAACGACCGCAAUUAUUCAUAUAUACGACAGUUUACAUUUUCUUUGGCCACUCAUAUGAGCUAUCUGGAUGUUCGGGAAUGGCGCGAUGUUCACAAUCACCAGCGGCAUGAAGAUGAUAUUCUCUACGAUAAAUCAAACAACGACCCAACGAGGGCUGAGGUAAACCUGGAAGAUCUUCCUUUACUGGACGAGGAAGGGUUUGAGGUCAACGUCUAUAACGAAGAGGGCUUCAGGGUCCCUCGGCGUGCUCCCGUGCAGUUCUCUGCAUGUGGAGCACUUCUUAACCUUCAUUCCGUCCAUGAACUCUUCCGCUCCGAAGACGAUGCUCAUGGGAAUGCUCACAAUAGGGCUCCAUUCGACAUUUAUCCACUCGCAUGCACAAAGACGCUUGGUAACAUUCAGUCCCGAAGCAUCAUAUCAAAUUUCCUUCCACAUCUUACCCGGAUAGAUAAUUCCCUCCGUCCACCCCUAAUAGAUGGUGACGAAGAUGGUGAAGACAUUGAUGUUCGUGUUCACGGUGCCUCGGUACUCCACGGAAUCAAUUGUCAGGUCUACAAUGAACUGUCUCAUCGCGUCAGGAAUGAAGCAAAAUUUCACCCCGUUCAACUUGGAAUGAUCUCUGCAGCUUUGUCAGGAACGGCAGCCAAAGGUAUUGCCAGUCGACGUCGUUGGACACAACGUCUCGAUCAAUGCAAUGAUAGCCUCCCUCACGAACGCUUUAAUGAAAAGGUGUCUGGCAACAACCAGCCUCAGGCGCUUCGAUUUGAAAAUACCUACACGCUGGAUGUUUAUCGCAUGAGGGAUGCAUGUCGAAACGGAAGCGCUAUAUACGACCAAGUAAUAACACCCCUUCUGAAAGCUUGGAGCCAUCCUACCGUCCUGUUACCCAUCAGAGACACAAUCGUUGUCUUUAAGCCAGAUCGCAUUCCCUCGUUAUUUGCAUGGGCUACCUUUCCUUUAACCGCUUUAUUAGAAAAGAUUUGGGAUGCUCAUAAGCACACUCUUGUUGAGGGUGCAGUGAUCGACCCUUGCCUCAUUGAGUUCACGUCAAUGGUUGAACGGGCUCUCAACUUUAGCCACACCGGAAAUGCACGCGUGUUAUGCAGGAGACUGAUGGAUAGAGCUUGGAUCUCGUUGGGCAUUAUACAUGAUGGAUUGCCCUCUGUAUCUGACACCUUCGUGGCAAACGGAUCUCUCGCAACCGGAAAUCUAGUCAUCCGUCAGGAAUCCUGGCCAGUGGAUCAGGACACGCGACGUCCUCUCACCUCAUCUCGCAGGACACAGGAACUCACGUACGGCAAAGAUCAUUAUGAGGCAUACGAGGCUCGCUUCACGAUCAGACAUGCGAUCAAUCACUUGCCGGCAAGGAUCUACCCUCAGAUCUGCAAUCAUUCCAUGCGAGUUGCUUGCUAUGCAGCUCAGAUAGGCUUCAUGGUUUAUUUUGACGACGUCAAACGUUUAGUUCAGGACGGAGUUUUGCAGGAAAUCCAGCCUGCCCUCGAUGGCAAUGACAGGCAUGCACGACGCACUGCCAAUGACAGGCAUACAGCCCUCAGCCGAUGGCUAGACGAAGAGUACCCUCUUUCCUAUUCCAGCCACAUCCUGGCAUACCUCCUGAGGGCUAUUAUCAAUACAAACGACGGUAAUAGAAAACUUGAGCUUACAAAAUCUCAUCUCGGCAGCAAACCACUUUCCUUCUUCGUCGACACCAUUGUCAAACAGUGCAGCACGAAUCCCACUCCUCGACGUCAACCUCCCUUCAUCACUGGCGGCCACUUCCUUGCUGUAAUGCGGGUCGCCAUUGACGAGAUGAAACAGUGUGCCAGUCGUGAUUCUGUCACGGGCAAAGACAUUGAUUUGUUUGUCUCAGAGGCGAUUUCUCACGCGGUGGCGGCGCUCCUUCCUCCAUCAUCACGCAUGACGUAUGGCUUAACCUCGGAGCUACCGCUACUCCGGGACCUGCUUCUUCAGCCUCUUUCCUCACAAGGCGAGAGUCACUUCAAGUCGUUGCCUUGA